AUGAAGCUCUAUACCUUCGCCGGCAACACCCACGCCCUGCAGACGCUCAUCGUCGCUCGGUACAACGGCGUCGACAUCGAGGUGCCGGCCUUCGAGAUGGGCAAGGACAACAAGUCGGCCGCUUUUCUCAAGAAGAGCCCGCUGGGCAAGGUGCCGGUGCUUGAGACUGCGAGCGGCUGCAUUUGCGAGGCGGCCGCUGUCGCCAGGCUCCAUGCCCGCUCCCG